GGAGGAGGUGCCGUCCCACAAUACCAGGCGGGAGGGCGGUAGGCGGUUUGUAUCCGGGCUGUGAGGUGCUCCGCGCCUCCGCGGACCUUGCUGCCUCUGUCUCUUUAACGCGAGAGGAAGCGAUGCGGAGGGGUGGAAAAUGGCAGAGCUGCAGAUGUUACUAGAGGAGGAGAUCCCGUCUGGCAAGAGGGCGCUGAUAGAGAGUUACCAGAAUCUGACCCGGGUGGCGGACUACUGUGAAAACAACUACAUACAGGCUGCCGACAAGAGAAAAGCUUUAGAAGAGACCAAAGCCUACACAACCCAAUCCCUAGCUAGUGUUGCUUAUCAGAUAAAUGCAUUGGCUAACAAUGUCCUCCAAUUGCUGGAUAUCCAAGCCUCUCAGCUUCGGAGAAUGGAGUCUUCCAUCAAUCAUAUCUCACAGACUGUGGACAUUCAUAAAGAGAAAGUGGCUCGGAGAGAGAUUGGUAUUUUGACAACAAAUAAGAAUACAUCAAGAACUCACAAAAUAAUAGCACCUGCAAAUAUGGAGCGUCCUGUAAGGUAUAUUCGGAAACCUAUUGACUAUACAGUUCUGGAUGAUGUGGGCCAUGGUGUCAAGUGGCUAAAAGCCAAGCAUGGAAAUAACCAGCCUGGAAGAACUGGCACACUGUCAAGAACAAAUCCUCCUACUCAGAAACCACCAAGCCCUCCCACGUCAGGCCGGGGAACGCUGGGACGAAAUACUCCUUACAAAACCCUGGAACCUGUUAAACCCCCAACAGUUCCUAAUGACUACAUGACAAGUCCUGCUAGGCUCGGAAGUCAGCAUAGUCCAGGCAGGACAGCUUCUUUAAACCAGAGACCAAGGACACACAGUGGAAGCAGUGGAGGGAGUGGAAGUCGAGAAAACAGUGGAAGCAGCAGUAUUGGCAUUCCCAUCGCCGUGCCUACACCUUCACCGCCCACUGUUGGACCAGAAAACAUUUCUGUCCCUCCUCCUUCUGGAGCUCCACCAGCACCACCUCUUCCACCACUUCUCCCAGGGAACACUGUGAUAGCCCCGGGCUCAGCUCCUGGUUCGCAGUACGGCACCAUGACCAGGCAGAUUUCUCGACACAACUCUACCACUUCCUCGACGUCUUCUGGUGGAUACAGACGAACUCCCUCUGGGACUGCUCCAUUUUCUGCUCAGCCUCAUGUUAAUGGAGGUCCACUUUAUUCUCAGAAUUCAAUAUCUGUUGCUCCACCCCCUCCCCCUAUGCCUCAGUUGACUCCACAGAUACCUCUCACAGGCUUCGUGGCCAGGGUGCAGGAAAACAUUGCUGAUAGUCCCACUCCACCGCCACCGCCUCCCCCAGAUGACAUUCCCAUGUUUGAUGACUCUCCACCUCCGCCACCACCACCUCCAGUGGAUUAUGAAGACGAAGAGGCUGCAGUAGUUCAGUACAGUGAUCCGUAUGCAGAUGGGGAUCCUGCCUGGGCCCCCAAGAAUUAUAUUGAGAAAGUUGUGGCAAUAUAUGAUUAUACAAAAGACAAGGAUGAUGAGCUAUCAUUUAUGGAGGGUGCAAUCAUUUACGUAAUAAAGAAGAAUGACGACGGCUGGUAUGAAGGGGUCUGCAAUCGAGUGACUGGUCUGUUCCCUGGGAACUAUGUUGAAUCAAUCAUGCACUAUACUGAUUAAAUUUUUUGCUUUUAAAGUAGGUGGUUCUUAUUACUCAGUCAUACUGUGGGACUAUUAUGGUUAACAGAAUUGUCUUAAAAUGUGCCCAUACUUUCAGGACAUGCUGUUUUAUUGAUAUAACUGAAUGUCUACCUGUAAGCAUACAUCUUUGAGGCAGUUUGUGAAUUGCUAAACAGCAAUUUAUACAAGAGGCUGUCUGUAACUGAUUAUGCUUAUGUGCUUACUUACACAGUUAACUUUAUGACCAGCUUAAGUAUUCUGGGGGUGUGGGGUAUAAUAUUUAACAAAUCAUGAUUCAGAUUGUACCAUUACAUGUUCAGUGCAGCAUGGUUACUAACGCUAUGUCAGACUAAUAUUAAAAUCAGAAAAUUUCAAUCCUGGUGCUGGUCAUACUUUUUGUUUAGACUUUCUCAUUCUUGAAAUAUGCUAUCUGUUUAAAGCAUGCAUACAAAUUUAUGUAUUGAAAUAUACUUAAAAAAAAUCCAAGAUGCUUCCAAUUUGUGUAAUAUUUACUUGGAGUACUCGUACUUCGGUCUCUUGAAAUGAAUUGAGUCUCUAAGGUCUCCAUGUGAAACAAAACAAAGGGUUAUCUGUAAUGUUGUAAUUUGUACCUAAGUUUUUUAAUGAGUGAAUUUGCAUUAUAAAUUUUUUCCAUUCAUAAAUACAUAAGUGAACCAAAGGUUUUUGUCCUUUCCUUCACUGGUUUGCUUUUAAAAUAAAUAAAUAAAUGAAUAAAUAAAUGAAUAAAUAAAUAAAGAUACUGAUUUAUUGCAGAAUUAUGGUUCUAUUUUCUCAAUAUAUUAACUUGGAAAAAAAAUAUUAGCCUUAUCUCAACCUGUCCCAAUGGCAGUGACUGAUUUGUGCAGAUUUAAAAUCUGAGAUGGGUAUUUACAAGUCAAUCUGCUGAAUUCCUUUUUUAAAGUAACUUUUUCAAAGCUAAGAAAAUGUGUUAAAGUAUGCACAUUCUGUAAGUAAAAUUCUUAAGGACUGCCGUAUCAGUCCUUUGGUUUUCCAGUGGAUUGUUGUAUACUGGGUUCAAUGAAAGGAAAUAUCUUUUACAUGUUGUUUUUGUAGAAGUGGGUGCAAUUGACUUUUGAAUAGGCGCUAUUUAAUCCAUUACCUGGCACUAGCAACAUAAAAAUGUUUUAAGAAAAUAAUUCGAAAAAAGGUGGAUCAUAUAUAAUCAGUGAACGGGGAAUAUACCUGACCAACAGAUUUAUAUUGUCUUUUGAAACAAUUGAAAUGCAACACAUGCACUUUGUGUGUCUCCUCUUAAUUUAAGGGAAGGUUAGAGGGAUGUUUUUUUCUUACCUUGUGUGUAAUUCAAUAUUGCCUAGGAUAUUAAAGUAGAGCACUCAAGAAGUGUGGGUUUCUGUGUAUUGAGGAUUUGUUUGGAUUUCAAAUUACAGUUACGUACUGCGCGUUACAGACGUGUAACAGCAUAGUAAAUGAUAAGACUAGUGCAGAACAUUUAUUUCUGAAAAUUAAAGGCCAUUAUUGCUACCAAAUCAAUGUGACUGUUGUAUAUGCAUUUUGCCUUUGUUAAUUUUAAACAUGAUUUCAGUUAUCACUAGUGAUCAGCUAGCAACCUUUUUCAUUUUUUCAAGUGGAAUGUUCUCUUAAUUUUGUAUAUAACCUGUUGUCUAAAUUUUAUGUACAGUCUUUUAUAAUAAACCAUUCUCCUCUAUGAAAUUUUGGAUACUGUUAAAAUCUAAUGUGGAUUGAAAUGUAGACUUCACAUUUUUUGCGACCUUUACUCCUAUGGUGAAACACGAUAAACCAUUUGAAUUUUAACAUUGAUUAUUUAUUUGUGUAAUGGCUUUACAUGUGGAUCUUAACAGUGUAAACAAUACCACAUAUAACCAUCAAGAUACCUCGAUUAGAAUUUACAGACCUAGAGUGACAGAUUCGGAUGGUUUAAUUACAUUUAAAAAGUUUUCUGAAAAACUUUGCCAAUAAAAAAAAAUUGCCCAUCAGUAACGUUGAAAUGAUUUUUUGAAAUGAUUUUUGGUUACCUGCACAUGAAGCAAAGAAUAUUUCACACAAUUCUUUAGGCACGGUCUGGU